UUAACUAAAAUAGUAAUUAAACUUUGAUUAAACUAUAAUUUCCGGUGCGUAGCGUGAAGGCCGAACAAGAAGAAAUUCGAAGAAACGAAUCAAAACUAAAGAGAAGUGUAUAGAAGAAACCAGAGCCCGCGCCUUCACGUGUUCGUGAUCCAAAUACUCUUUUCUACGCUCAAUUCUCCAGUUAAUCUCUUCCAGUUGUUUUGUGUUGUUCAGGAGUGUUGUAAUUAGCGUAAUAGUUAAAGCUUUUCCAUGGCUAACACGUCAAAACCGAGACCCAAACCCAGACCGAAAGAGGGGAAAUUGUCUGUUUAUCUUUACAUUCCCAAUAUAAUUGGGUAUGUUCGAGUUCUCAUGAAUUCCGUUGCGUUUGCAAUAUGUUUCUCCGACAAAUGGGUUUUCUCCAUUCUUUACUUUAUCAGCUUUGUUUGUGACGCUGUAGAUGGUUGGUGUGCUCGAAAAUUCAAUCAAGUUUCAACUUUUGGAGCUGUAUUGGACAUGGUAACAGAUAGGAUUAGCACAGCUUGUCUGCUGGUAGUACUCUCCCAAGUAUACAGGCCUGGCUUUGUUUUUUUGUCACUGCUUGCACUAGAUAUUUCAAGCCAUUGGCUGCAGAUGUAUAGUACAUUUUUGACAGGCAAAACUAGUCAUAAGGAUGUAAAAGACAGCACAAAUUGGCUUUUCAAGGCUUACUAUGGGAACCGGAUGUUUAUGGCUUACUGUUGUGUGUCUUGUGAGGUUCUUUACAUAAUCCUAUUUCUUAUUGCCAAGAGUCAGAGUGAAAGUUUAGUGGAUGUUUUAUUGGGUACUCUGCAACGGGUUUCACCACUUUCUGUCUUGGUUGCUUUGAGUUUAUUUGGAUGGGCAGUCAAGCAACUGGUCAAUGUUAUACAGAUGAAGACAGCAGCAGAUGUGUGUGUGCUUUAUGACAUUGAGAAAAAGCACAAGCACUAGUUCAUCAGCUUUCUUUAUUUCAGAUUACUCUCAUUGUGGUUAUCCUCAAUUGCCUACUUUUCAGCGUUCCAUCAGAUAUUUCGAAAGUGGCAGAUUGAUAUUGGCCUGAAAAGAAUUAUGAAUACUUUGGUGAUUAUAAAGUUGUUGGUUUUCCUCUCUGGUUCGCAUUGGGUGUGUGCAUUCCAAGAAUCACUUUCCCUGCUAUUUGCAUAUGGUCGACUCAAUGAUGAUGAUAAUGAUCAUACUGAAAAUGUUAUUUUUAACAUGUGUUCCAAGAAUUUUAUUUUCUGUAGUCAUGAUUUAUAUAAACGUUAGAGAUAUAUGUCGAUCUGGGACUAACUACCUGCACAAGGAAGGUGUUUGAGUAAUACAAAGUUUGCUUUGAAUUUGAAAAUUAAGCAGUUGUUAUUA